UUUGUUCAAACCGACUGUGCUUCUCUCCCUCAGCGUAUAGCUGCUGGCGAAGAGGAGGAGGAGAAGGAGGAGGGAGCACCUUGGUGUGUGUGUGUGUGUGUGUGUGAUUGAGAGAGCGAGAGAGAGCGUGUGUGCGCAUCUAUUGCGAUGCCAGUGUGUGAGGAGGCUGCUGCUGAUGCUCACUGAGGAGAGGAUAACGCACCGGGGAAGGGAAGAGUGUGAACUCCAGGACGCGGAGCUCUGGUGCACACACACAGCCGGGUCUGGGUCUCUUUCUUCCUCCUCUGCAAAGUGCUGUUUCACGCUUGUUCCAUCGUGUGCAGUCUCUCUCUCUCUCUCUCUCUCUCUCUCUCUCCCCCUCUCUCCUCCUCUCUCUCUCUGCAUCCUCUCGGAGCUUUAGGCAGAGAGAGCACCUGCACUGAGGCGAAAAUCUGCCGCUCACAUUCCAGAGGAUUGCGCCAUUAGGAGGGCACCUCGUGCUGUCAGAUCAGGUCCACGAUGGGUCUCGCUUUGUGUGAAGCUGGGCGGCAGAUCAUCUUUUCUCUGAUGCCACUGCUGCUUUAUUUAGGCUCCGGCGAGGCCUCCUCCAUCGUGAACAUGCGUAGGAUCACCCAUCCUGCAGUACAACAAACACUGGCGGGCAAAGCCGUCCUCCCGUGUGUCUUCACCCUGCAGACCGGCUCGUCCAGCGAGCCUCCACACCUGCUCUGGACUCGCACCAGUUUACCAGCAGGAGGAGACGGUGACGCUCAGGAGCAGAUUGUGCUUUCAGCUAAAGGUGAUGUAAUCAAGCUGAAUAAGGCUUUCAGUGGCCGUGUCAUGCUGCCAGGGUACGCUGCCAGUCCUCUCAACGCUACCAUGGAGAUCUCCAGUCUCCGUACCAACGACUCAGGCACUUACCACUGUCAGGUUGUCGUUGGUAACGACUACGAGAGAGACACUGUGCCCCUGGUGGUCUCUGGUGUGGUGUUUCACUACCAGGCUCCCAGUGCCCGCUACGCCCUCUCAUUUGCAGAGGCACAGCGCGCCUGCCAGGAAAACUCUGCUCAGAUUGCCACACCAGCCCAACUGUGGGCAGCAUACUAUGAUGGCUUUGCCAGCUGUGCACCCGGAUGGUUGGAUGAUCAGACCGUGCGUUAUUCUGUCCAGCUACCCGAUCUUGGUUGCUAUGGUCACAAGGAGUACUCUGCUGGAGUGAGGAAUUAUGGGAAGAGGGACCCGAAAGAGCUGUUUGAUGUCUACUGCUUUGCAAAGGAACUUGACGGUGAGGUGUUUCACUCCUCAGUCCCGGGCAGGUUGUCUCUGUCCUCAGCUUCAGACCGCUGUGUGUCCCUUGGGGGACAGCUGGCCACCGUGGGACAGCUUUAUCUGGCCUGGAGAGCUGGACUGGACAGCUGCGCCCCCGGGUGGCUGUCUGAUGGCAGCGUCCGCUACCCGGUGACCUGGCCUCGCCCAGACUGCGGUGGGAGCCAGCAGGGUGUCCGCACCAUCACACCCAACAACACUGCCGACAACACCACAGUGCUAUAUGAUGCUUACUGCUACAGAGGUAACACGAAGAACACAGGCUCUGUCUCUCAGAUUUACACCUCCCUAUGGAAGCCCUGGAGCUACCUUACAGGCUUAAGUGAUGCUGACUCCACAGGGACAGAGAGUCCCGGCCUGACUACGCAGCAAACUGUCACUUCAAGAGGAUCCUUACACGGUGGUGAUGGCUCACCUACCAACUGGACAGGAUCGGUUGAUCUUGAAGAGGAGGCUGCUCUUCACAGCACUGAUGCUCACCCCUGGUCCACAGAGUCUUCAGCCUUCUUUGUGACUCUCCAGCUCAUCCCAGGACAGAGCUCCUUGGACUGGGGAGAACCACUGGAGCCUGGUCCUGACUCAGAGGAGUUUCUCCAACCUCCAGUGCAACCCACUGCUGCUGAGAAGAAGGUGAUGUCAAAGAUUGUCAAGUCCAUUUGGAAGCCUUGGAACUACCUGUCAGGGACUGGAGAUGAGGAGGGAACCCAGUCACCAAUUGGAAAGUCCGAGGAAGAGGAAACAGUGACAAAAAAGAUUGAUCAGCCCAGUACUUCAUCACUAGGUCUGUUUUCUUGGGGAAGUUCAUGGUUCAACAGUCCCCCGAAGGAGAACUCUACACCAGCCAGUGAAGACUCACCUACUCCUCUGGCAUUGACAUUCGCUGCCUCCAGUAUUGCUAUGACUACAGAAAGCAUUAAGAGCUCGGGGACUUCAGAGACCCACAAACCCACCACCUCCAGCUCUGCACCUGAAAUCACCUCAUCCAGCGGAGAUAGCUGGGUCCGUGUUGAAGCAGAGACCACAACCAAGCAGAGUGACAAGAAGGAGGAGACCGUGGCCUCUAGAGCAGGUGGCAGAGGUGGCAGAGGGAGGGGGAAAAAGUACAGAGGGGAGGACAAGAGCAGAGGAGAAGAGAAGGAGAAAGGAGAGGAGAAGGGCAAAGGAGAUGAUGAGGGGAGUGGAGAACUCACCGGUGCAGAGGCAAAAGGGGAAAUACAAGUCUCACGGCGACCAGUAGGAACAAAUAAACCAAGAGAAAGAUCCAGAGAAAGAUCUAGAGAGAGGGGUCACAGAAAAGGACAGUCUACUGCUUCCACCACCACAACCACUACCACUACUCCCACUGCCAGUUCACUGGAGCCCACAGUGAUGACCACAACUGGCUUGGAAAAUACCAACUUUUCCACAUUCAAAUCCUUUUCUACUUUGCCAGCAGAAACCCCAUCACCUUCAAUCUUGGCAGAUACACUAUCCACAUCAGCCUCCUCUUCUGAGUCAUCUCCAUCUCAACCCAUGACUGAAUCCCACACUCCCUCCCUCUCACCAUCUCUUUCCUCUUCUUCCUCCUCCUCUCCAAACACUUUGUCACCUUCGCUGACUUCCCAUAACUCAUCACUCUCACCAUCAUCACCCUCUUCCCAGUCCCUGUCUCAAAUGGUGGGAUCAGGAGACCCAUCGCCAUCGCCUGACUACUUAAAUAACCAGCACAGCUCCACUAACCUCUCAACACUGCUUCACUGGGUCCCAGUGAAGAAAGCAGGUCAGAACAGUUCUCUGGAUUAUCCUCCACUGCUGUCAGUGCCUGCGGAUGAGGAGGAGCCGGCUUGGUCUCACGCUGUGGGCUCGGGGGCCCUGUUACCUGGCAACAUGGAGGAGGAGAGCAGCAGAGGGGCCAAUGUCAGUACCGUAACUCUGGGACCAACAAUGGAGGUGGAGCCCUGCGUGACAAACCCGUGUCUGCACGGAGGAAAGUGCCUUCCUCAGGGAACCGGCUACAGCUGCUACUGUCCACAGGGAUUCACUGGGGAGAACUGCGAGAUUGAUGUUGAUGACUGCCAGUCUGAGCCGUGUGAAAAUGGAGGCACUUGCAUCGACAAGAUUGAUUCAUUCCUCUGCCUGUGCUUACCCAGCUACGGCGGGGACACUUGUGAGAAAGACAUAGAGGGCUGUGAGCAUGGUUGGUGGAAGUUCCACGGCCACUGCUACAGGUACUUCACCCACAGGCACACGUGGGAGGACGCGGAGAAAGACUGCAGAGAGCACAGUGCUCACCUCAGCAGUGCCAUCUCUGCUACGGAGCAGAAUUUCAUCAACGGUCUGGGUCACGACAAUGCCUGGAUCGGACUGAAUGACCGUACAGUGGAGGAAGAUUUUCAGUGGACUGAUGGAAAUGAUCUGGUUUAUGAGAACUGGAGGGAGAGCCAGCCCGACAACUUCUUUGCAGGUGGUGAAGACUGCGUGGUGACCAUUGCCCAUGAGGAUGGCAAGUGGAACGACGUGCCCUGCAACUACAACCUGCCCUACAUCUGCAAGAAAGGCACAGUGCUGUGUGGGACUCCGCCCACAGUGGAGAAUGCCCAUUUGAUAGGUCGCCGGAGGUCACACUAUGACAUCCACUCAGUGGUACGCUACCAGUGCGCUGAAGGUUUCUACCAGCGUCACAUUCCCACCACUCGCUGCCGGGCUGACGGGAACUGGGAGAGACCCAGGAUCAUCUGCACAAAGU